ACCAGCAACCAAGCAUCCUGUACACAAAGCAAGAUCGAGCUAGCUAGAGAUCCACCCAUCUCCAUCAAUCAGGAGAGAUCGAGCUAGCUAGUUUCGAGAGAGCUAGCUAGCUAGCAAGAAAGAUAAGAAUGGCGGCACGGCGGGCGUUGGCCGUGGUGUGGCUGGCGGCGAUGGUGCUGGCGAUGGCGAUGGCGGCGGCGCAGCCUCAGGUGCCGGCGGGGAGCACCGUGCAGGUGGUGAGUGUAGUCCCGGGGAAGAAGAACGCCAAGUCGACGUGCAAGAACAACGACAGGAAGCACCCGGACUGCCAGGCCGAGUGCCCCGACCGCUGCCGCACCAAGUGCCUCGUCCUCUGCCCCACCUGCAAAACAUUCUGCCUGUGUGACUUCUACCCGGGCGUGUCGUGCGGGGACCCGCGCUUCACGGGCGGGGACGGCAACAACUUCUACUUCCACGGCAAGAAGGACCAGGACUUCUGCAUCCUCUCCGACGCCGACCUCCACAUCAACGCCCACUUCAUCGGAAACCGCAACAACGACACCGCCCGCGAAUUCACCUGGAUCCAGGCCCUCGGCGUCCUCUUCGGCGCCCACCACCGCCUCAGCCUCGGCGCCACCCGCUCCGCGCGCUGGAACCCGGCCGUCGACCACCUCGACAUCGCCUUCGACGACGACCGCGUCGCCCUCCCGCUCGCUGACGGUGCCCGUUGGUCCCCCGCCUCCGUGCCUGGGUUGUCCAUCACCCGCACGGCAAGGGCCAACGGCGUCGUCGUCGAGCUCAAGGGCGUGUUCCGGAUCGUCGCUGCCGCCGUGCCCAUCACCGCGGAGGAGUCCCGGGUUCAUAGCUAUGGCGUCACCGCCGACGACUGCCUCGCGCACCUCGACCUCGGGUUCAAGUUCCCUGCGCUCUCCGACAAUGUCCACGGUGUGCUCGGCCAGACCUACCGCUCCGACUACGUCAACAAGCUCAACGUUGCUGCCAAAAUGCCCGUCAUGGGCGGCGCCCCCAACUUCGUCUCCUCCGGUCUGUUCGCCACGGACUGCGCUGUGGCCAGGUUCGGUCGUGCCGGCACCGACGGAAUCGCCAUGGUCACCGACGCCAAUUAACCGAUCGACCAAGUCGGAGACUCAGCCUUUGAAAGAUUAAUUAAGUAAUGGAACGCUAAGUGAAAUAUUUGGUCAUGGAUUAAUCAUCCUGGCUGUUAAUUUGUUGGUAUAUAUGUAAGUGGAUAUUUGUUAUUUCGGCGUAUGGAAAAUGAGAAAUAAUUCGUGGAGUCUAUAUA